AUGUCAGGGCCUGGAGCAGUUCCGGCAGGGGUACCCUCGGCCUUCGAGGCCGAGAAACACGCGAGACGGGACUCGGGCAGGGACAAGAAGACCCCCAAGCUGCGCAGCUGUGUCGUUUGCCGAAGUCGAAAAGUACGAUGCGACAAGCGAGCGCCUUGUUCUAAUUGCCGUCGCGCCAACAUCGCCUGUGUGUUUCCCCCCACCGAUCGCCCACCAAGAUGGGCUCGACAUCUUGACCAAAGCGCAUCAUCCGAACGAGCCGAUGGGGUCGCCGAUGGGGUCAUGGAGAGACUGCAUCACCUCGAGAAACUUGUUGCAGACCUCAGUAGCCAGUUGGAACAGACCAAAUCGGUAGCGCCUUCAGCUGGUGGUUCCUCGGUGGGCUCCCCGGAGAGCUCCGCAAAAGAUCGACCCCCAAACCUUUCGGCGGGUAACGAGUCUAUGCAUACUCAGCUUGGAAGACUCGUGAUACAGGAUUCCAACAGAAGUCGCUAUGUCAGUAGUGGUUUUUGGUCCCGGGUGAAUGAUGAGCUUGAUAGUCUGAAGUUCGACGCCCAUAACCUCUUUGCAGGGGGCUAUGCGAGCUCAGACGGUGAGUCUCUACCAGAUGAGACAUCUUCUACAUGGGGGUCCGAACAAACACAUGCAGCGCGCCAUGGGUUCCUAUUUGGACACAACUUGAACUCUUCUUCCCCCGACCUCGAUAAUUUACAUCCACUGCCAUCUCAGAUCCCUUUUUUGCUAGAUCUUUUCUCCGACAAUGUUAACAUGAUCCUUCAAGUCGUUCACCUUCCCACUGUGCGAAAGAUGGUUCGUGAUUGGCGCGACCGUGACAUGAAGGGGCUUACUCCGGCCCAAGAGGCUUUAAUGUUCUCUAUUUAUUAUGCAGCAAUAACCUCUAUGGAGGAUGAAGAUACAAUUCGAAACUUCGGGACCACCAAAGCCGAGCUGAGUCUCAGGUAUCGCCAAGGUCUGGAGCACGCUCUAGCCAGAGCUAACUUCCUAGGUGCACCUGACUUGACUUUAGUGCAGGCAUUCGCCAUCUUUCUUGGGUUGCUUCGCCGAUAUGAGAGCCCGGCGUUCGUGUGGAUGAUGACAGGACUGGCAAUCCGGAUGGGCCAGGCUCUAGGGCUCCACCGAGACGGAUCACACUUCGAUCACUUGAGCCCAUACGAGGUUGAGAUCAGACGCCGCGUGUGGUGGGUCCUCUGUAUAUUGGAUGUGAGGGCCUCGGAAGACCAGGGAAUGGAUUAUACCAUACCAAGUGCGGGCUUUGAUACUAAGAUACCUCUAAACCUCAACGACAGUGAUCUAGACCCCCAGUCAAAGGAGAUGCCUCCAGAGCGUGACAGCCUGACCGACAUGUCCGUUGCACGGGUCUCCUUUGGUAUAUGUGAAGUGACGCGACAGAUGAUGGCCCAUGGGUUCCAAGAGAAGGCCCCAACUCCGGAGAAACAGAGUUCUUUACUUGACGAUAUGUUCCAAGGCGUUGAGCGUGAAUACCUUCGUUAUGCGACCGAUUCAGAAAACAUUACAUAUUGGGCGAUUGUCAUUGUCACCCGGCUCGUGAUGGCCAAGAUGUCCUUGCUUGUGUACUUGCCGCUUUUGUUCUGCACUUCGAAGGAGGAUUUUUCAGAGGAACUCAGAGCGCGACUGUUGGUCUCCGGAAUUGAAGUCGCAGAGUACAACCAUGCGCUCAACAGUGAACGAGCUUGUCGACAAUGGCGCUGGGCUUUCCAGACUUACACACAUUGGUACUCAAUCGUUUUUAUGAUGCUCGAAAUCUCCCGAGCUCCGUGGUCGCCGAUUUCAGAGAGAGCUUGGGUGGCCUUGCAUAGUGUUUGGCUAAUCCCGACCCGAUCUCACAUGGACAAAGAUCUGCGCAUAUGGAUUCCCUUGCGCAAACUGAUGAGCAAUGCCCGAAAGCAUCGUCAAGCGGAAAUUAUCCGUCUCGCGAACGAUACCACAGAAGCACAGCGUUUAGAGUACGAGUACCGGAAUUUGCCAACCCCGUCAAGCUCAGGACCUUUUCCAGUGGGCUCCGAUUCCGCAGACCAAUUCCUUGAGAGGUGGCACCGGCUGAUUCAGCCUCAAAGCGACGAGAGCCAGACUUUUGAUUUGGCUGAACUUGACGGCGCGUAUAUCGCCCAGUUGCCGAUCGACUUUCCAGACCAUACCCAGCCACUUGCCCAACCAAAGGCCGCCUCUUUUGUCUCUGGUAUGAGCACAACCCGUAACACCGAGGAAAAGAACCCUACCAGGGACCAUGGGCGCUAUCCUCGUGUGCCAGCCUUGUCGUGCGACGUAGCUACAAGUAUGAUCCCCGGGGCAGGCGAGACCGUUUCCUCGCUAUACAACCCAACACCAGGCCCACAAGACACCAAAUGUACCGACCAUGUAGUUGACCCUUGGACCUGGUCCGAUGGAGGCAUUGCUGUGGAGGAUCCAACUACGGUCGCAGAGCCGCCAGAUCCCAAUAUCGACAUGGACGAGGACAUCAACUGGUAUCGCUGGGUCGAGUCUGCCCAGGGAGUGGAGUGGGAUGUCAGUGAUCAGCAGAGCCACAGCUGA